AGUAUCGGAAAAUGUUUAAAAAUGAACAAAUUAGCAAAAUCAAGCUGACCGUUGGGGCCGUUGUACGCCACAGUUCCACCAAUGGAAUUUGUUCAGAAACGAAAUCGUUCGGUCAUGCAAACGUCGCAUGAUUCCGCUGCUACCUUGCCACCCAUCAAACCCGACGCCUUGUACAAAUCGAAACCCAGCUUCCUCAGCUCCAAUCGUCACAAAUCAAGGCGCGGAAAGAAAAUAUCUAGUUUGUCAAUCUACCAGGCGAUGGACACAAGGUCUUCGUUUUCUCAGUUUUGAUUUUUUCAAUCUGAUCCACCGCUACCAUUCAAGGCAAGCAAUCUUGGUAUCUUCAACCUCGAUGAAGACCCGUUUGGAUUGUUACCCAUUAGCUGUGACUUCACCAUCAUCUGUCAGAAGCUCAAACGUUUCCUUUUGUUUUCUUCAACAUCGCAUAUCAUUGUUACUGCUUCGCCUCGCGGUCUCUGGUUUUCACUCUUAUUGGGGCUGGGGUUUGAUCUGUUCUCUCUUUGAUGGACGUCUCCAGAUCUUCCUCACCGCCUUCGGAGCAGGUGCAAUCACGAAGGAUUGAUUCUGAAGGACCGUAUCGCCUUCUUUACUGUUCAAGUAAGGGCGAUGAAGCUGGUGUCUUAGAGGAAUUAGAGAAAGGUGUAGAGCUUAACCUGGCUGAUUAUGACAAGAGAACAGCACUUCAUUUAGCUUCCUGUGAAGGACGUACAAAGGUCAUUUCACUACUUCUCAAGAAAGGAGCCGAUGUGAAUUCAACAGACCGGUGGGGUCGCACUCCACUGUCAGAUGCUCGUAGCUUAGGACAUGAGGAGAUUUGCAAAAUUCUGGAGGCGCAUGGUGGAAUUGAUCCGAUGGGGCUUGAUUCUCAGAACCCGUGCUAUGAAAUAGAUUCCUCUGAGGUGUGUAUGGAGGAAGCAACUCUAAUUGGCGAACAGGGUGCAUAUGGUGAAGUUUAUUUAGUGAAGUGGCGGGGCACAGAAGUAGCUGCAAAAACAAUACGUUCUUCAAUUGCAUCAAAUGAGUUGGUAAGGAAAACUUUCUUGAAGGAAUUGGCUCUAUGGCAAAAGUUGCGUCAUCCAAAUAUAGUUCAGUUCCUCGGUGUUCUUAAGCACUCUGACCGCUUAAUCUUCCUCACUGAAUAUCUUUGCAAUGGAAGUUUGUUUGAUAUUUUAAGGAAGAAAGGAAGACUUGAUCCGGCUACCGCUGUUGCCUAUGCUUUAGAUAUUGCAAGAGGUAUGAAUUAUCUUCAUCAGCAUAAACCUCAUGCUAUUAUACACCGAGAUUUGACUCCAAGAAAUGUGUUACAAGAUGAAGCAGGGCGCCUUAAAGUCACAGACUUUGGCCUAAGCAUAAUUGCACAGGAAAAGGAUACCGGUUAUAAAAUGACUGGAGGAACAGGAUCCUAUCGUUACAUGGCUCCUGAGGUUUAUCGUCGAGAAUCAUAUGGGAAGAGUGUUGAUGUAUUUUCCUUCGCUAUAAUAUUACAUGAGAUGUUCCAAGGUGGACCCUCAAAUAGAACAGAAACUCCAGAGCAAGUUGCUGAUAAGCGAGCAUACGAGGAUUCACGACCACCCCUAUCUUCCCUUCUAUACCCUGACCCAAUCAAAUUGCUUCUUCGAGAAUGCUGGCACAAGAAUUCAGACAGCAGACCGACAUUCGAAGAUAUAAUCCAUCAGCUGGAGAUGAUCCAACAGGGCAUGCAAUACAAGAAAGGCAUCGGAAGCUGCUGCAGCUGCACCAUUUCAUGAACUCAUUUCUCCUGCUUGUGAUGGUUCCUCCUUGUUCUUCUCACACACAUAAUCCUUCUUGUUUUUGCUUAAUUGCCUAUGCAUAUUGGUUUUUCCCCUUUUAUGAUUUCCUUGCAAAAUGUUGUAACCUUUCAGAACAGAGAAAGAAAUAUCAAUCACAGUGAGAUCUUAUGCUGCAACUGCAUUGCCUUUUGAAUGAACUCAUUUUUCUUGCUUGU